AUGGACCUUCCGGCCGAUGAACUGGUAGACAAGGUCGCCCUCUAUGCGGCCUUUACCGGAAUCACAGAGCCAAGCAGCAACGACAUGUUUUUCCUCGUAGUAGGAAGAACUGGCUCCGGUAAAAGCACCUUCAUUAGCCAAUGCACCGGCAAGAACGCCAAAAUCGGGCACUCUCUCCAAUCUUGUACACGGUCAAUAGAAGUAUUUGACUUCCACUGGAUGGGCCGACACAUAUUUCUAAUCGACACCCCCGGCUUCAACGACUCGAACCGCUCCGACGCCGAGAUCCUCGAGGCACUUGCCUCUGGGCUGAGUGCCUCGUACGCAAAUAAAGUACGCAUACAUGGCAUUAUCAUCUUACAUCCGAUAUCUGAUACACGUAUGUCAGGCUCGAGUCUGCGCAGCAUAGAUAUGAUAAAGGCCGUGUGCGGUUUCGCGCGGUACGACAACCUCGCAAUCGUGACAACCAUGUGGCCCCGACUACCGCGACACAACGCAGAACGCGACAAACUCGAAUCUCGAUAUAACCAACUUCUUACGAAUGAUCGAUUCUUUGGAGGCCUUCUCCGCCAGGGUGCUGAGGUGUUCAAGUACGGAGCAGACAGCUCAGACAUGCCUACUGCGAAGAACAUUGUCACCCAUCUCGUGUGUCAGGCACUUAUGCACCCGAUUACUGUGCUUCAAAUACAACAUGAGAUCGUGGAUCAACACAAGCCUCUUAGCGAGACAGCGGCGGGCCUUGUCAUCGGUACCGAUAUAUUCCAACGUAUGGCAGACGAGGAAGAGCUCGUGGCGUCUCUAUCAACGACAACUACCACUGAUCUGACAUACGAGGUUACAGAACAUGUGGAAAAGUGCAAGAAAGAGAUGGAAAUACUAGAAAAGUCACUAGGUGACAUGCAUAGAGAGGGUAAGAGCCGGUGGGAAGAGAGCAAGGUCAAAAUAGAUGCGAUGCUCGAUCAUGAGCUGGAGAAAGCUGAUCAGGAACUGCUCGAUGUUCAAUCAUCUAAGCAUCGGCCAAUACCGCUGACAGAUGAUUUUGAAGACCGUUACUCUCACAUACUGAGUCUCAAGGAGAAGAUUUCAAACAUUCGUGCAGCGCAGGAGAGGUUCGCGCGAUACAAAGGGCAUAUGAUCAACGGCGCGAUAAACGGCCUUGCUGCUGGUUUAACAGGUGGCAUAAUUGCAGCUGCUGCGACGGGACUGGCCUGCAACAUAAUGUAG